AUGGAGGAGGAACAGUUUCUCACGCGCUCGGCGCGUGAAGUCACUGGCCUCUUCACCCAAACUAUCCUCCCUAGCCCUAUCGUCCAGUGGAUUCUUCCCGCCCGUCUCCGCAGCAAGCACCAUAAUGAUGUUGUAUUUGUGGGCCAACGCCGGGUGCAGAUCAAACAAGCUUCCCCUGGUGGCUUUCUUGAAGAUGUCACUGAGAAGAACGAUUUUGAUCACCCCAUCGUGGGGGCAAAGGUAAUCGAUGUGAACACCCAACUUCCAUGGGAGACGCAAUUACAUACAACUGGCGUCGAUAUUCAAGAUGAUCUCGAAGUCCUCGACCGCCUCCCUUCUCAAAUUCUCGUGCUUUCACUGGAGAUGAAAGAGCUUCAGUUCCUUUACUGUCCAAUUUCUGGGGAAGACAAGUUCGUUACACACCGCCGGCCUUUGCCGGUUGACGUCGACCUCGCCGAUAGGUUCGGCAAGCAUAUCGCCGUGGACCCAAAAUCACGAGCAGUCGCUGUCAGUGCCUCGAACCACUAUUUUGGACUGUUUCUUCUCAAGUCUCCCAAGGAAAUUCAGCAGCAGAUGACUGAAGGGAAGCUCGAUCCUAUCAAGCGGGAACACUUCUACAGCUGUGAUGGAACUAUCCAAUUUAUGGAGUUUCUGUAUCCAAGGACCGCCGAUGACAAGCGAAUUAUUCUGCUUAUCAUCACAUCUGGAGCCGAAGGCUCAUUUGCCAGGAUUUUCCAAUGGGACGAGGACGACACCACACUACUUCGUCAAAGGUGUACCGAGUUCAAACUCCGAAAGGAGGAUAGAUUGCCCACAAUGAUCGUGCCACUGACCAAGGAGUCUGCAUUUCUGGUCGUCACCAGCAUAUCCAUGGCAGUGUACCCUUCCGACUCGUCGCAUGCUCGACCCACCAGAUAUCCGCUCAUAGCACCCGAUGCCAUUUUCAAAGAGACUUCUUUGUGGACCCAAUGGGCACGACCCGCUCGCAACUGGCUUUAUAGCCAGAAAUACGACGGCAUCUAUCUUUGCCGCGAAGAUGGCUGGAUCUAUUAUCUAGAGUUCGGUAACGAAGGUGCACUAGAAACCCAAACUAGUUUGGGUCAGCUUCACUGUGACGUCGAUUCUGCAUUUGAUGUCCUGGACAUGGGUCACGAGGGAGGUGACUUCAUUCUCGCUGCCGGGAGCAUGGGAGAUGGCGGCCUCUUCAUUCAAGAAGCACGAGACAAACCUCAAUGUGUUCAGAGGUUCCUCAACUGGGCCCCUGUUACGGAUGCUGUUAUAGUGCCAUCAAAGACCCAUGGAAAGCUUCAAUGCGACGUGUCGCGAGAUCGUCUAUUUGUUUGUUCUGCAUCUGCCUCCGGUGGCAGCGCACUUCAUGAACUUCGGUAUGGUUUCGAAGCCCAGGUUGGAAUUACAGUCCCUCUCGAUGAUAUGUCAAGCAUACGGGAUUUGUGGACUAUCAGUUACGACGCCAGCGGGGCCGUCUAUGUCUUGAUCUCCGAUCCUAUGUCCACCUUGCUUCUCUACAUGAACCCAAGUCUUGAAGAUGGAAUAAGCGCACUUGACGAGGCAGAAACUGGCCUUGAUACCGCACAAACCCUGGCAGCGGGCUGCACACCUACGGGCGUCCUCAUUCAGGUCACAGAAAAAGCCACACACCUUUUCGUCCCUGACGAUAUCUCUCUAAAUGCAUGCGUUCCACAUCCGCCUGCUUCUACCGUUGUUGCGGUGGCUGUUGAUGGUCCAAGCUCGGCGGUGAUUACCGCUAUUCGAAGUAACAAUGAGCUUAGACUUCUCCUCACACGGGUUGUCGUGGAUGAUGCCAAUGUUCGUCUGGAGACUACCCAAUCAGUUGAAAUCAACAGAGAGCCCGUGUGUAUGUCCCUUCAGACGUUGGGACAAACAACAUUUGCUUUUAUGGGCGACGGUGAUGGCACAAUCACAGUCUUCCAUGUCGAGCAGGAGACCAUUACGUUCUUCUUGGAUGCCAAGAUCUCAGUUGACCGAGCCGACGACAUUUCUAGAGCCAUCGAUAGUCUUGCCAUGAUCCGCCAAACCUACCAUGGUGUUCUGCGCGCACAUCUGUUGUGCGGCCUGCGCAGCGGCAUACUUGUGCCAUUUCAGAUUGACUUCAAUGCCCGUACUCUGAUCGGUUUAAAUCAAAUGCCACCGAAGCAUGUUGGAAUGACAUCGCUUCGACUCCAGAGUAAGGGUGCCUUUGCCAUGUUGAUCUGCGACAACGAGUUGUGGCGUGUAUCAAUUAAUGCCGACGGCGUCCCGAAUGAAUGCUUCCUCUCGCGAGUCUGGAUCACAGAUCAGAGCAAUCCUGCUUACUUCCCUAUCGGGAUUCAUGGCUUUGGACUUAUCAACUCGCAAGGUCUAGAGACUCAAUUUUCGUUGGGUCCAUUGUUCUGCUUUGCAGACCGACAGCUUCUGAUUUGCUCUUUGGAUCGUGAAGCCAAGAUCGUUCCUCGCCGGAUAGGCGUGACUGGCACCACUAGGAAGCUAGUAUAUUCGAGUCACCUCGACAGACUUAUCAUGUCUUACGAUAUGGCAGAAGUCGAAGAUCCUAGUAGGCCAGGUGAUAUUACUAUGCGCUCAUGGCUUGCAUUCGUACGUCCAGAUACACAGGCACCUGUUGACUCACCAGACCAGUCUUUCAUUCCUCUCCCUCACACCUCUCGGGGAGAAAAGAUCACUUGCAUAAUGGACUGGGUGUUUGAAAGAGGGGGUCACAUGUAUCACCUCGUUGCAAUCGGAACAGGAAUAUCGGGGACAAUGGAUCUCGGACUGCGAGGUCGACUUAUCCUCGUGUCCGCGACUCGAGAUCCAAAUGAUCCCUCCGAGGUGCGAUUCGUGACAAAACAUGUCCAGGAUUGCCUUGACGGCCCGGUGCGUGCAAUCGCAGCCUAUGACAAUACACUUCUUAUUGGCGCAGGAAAGACCAUCCGUCCAGUGGCUCCCAAAGGAGCGACGAUCAAAUGGGCUUCGAGAGGCUGGAAAGAAAUCCCUUCCCCAGCGGUGGCCAUCACUGUUUCAAAGCCGUUCGUCUACGUCACUACCGCACGGCACGGAUUUAUUAUCUUAGAAGUCCUGGACGAUGGGCACGGACUCCACUUCCUGACGCUUCUUGGUCAUGAUUCCAGGCCACUUGACGGAUUGACUCACUACGUGACGCCUGGUGAAUCCUCUCUUGCGUUCUUGAGCGCCCGCGGUGGAAGCAUUCGCGUCGGAAAACUUUUGAGUAGCACCGAACUUCACACGGAUCAGGUUCUCACCACCCCAGCACCGGAAGACAACUCCCUGUUUGACUCCGUUCUGCAAUUUCUUCCUAGCUCCAAGAUCGAUCAUCUCCCAAAGUCGCCCCGGGAGAGAGGCGGUGCGAUUUACGGUGUCGCUCUCAACGGAGCGGUCUACCGCUUCUCAAUCCUUCGAGAGGAUGAAGUCCGUCUUCUCCUAGCCUUGCAGGAUAUAUGCCGAAGAGACGAAACCCUUUACACGUCCCUGAGUGCGCGCGAGAAACGCAAGAGGUUCUCUUGGGCUGAUCCUAGGAGGGACAAUUGCCAGGUGGACGGGGAUAUUCUGAAGCGUCUAGCUCAGCGCAGGGUAGACUAUCUCGAGGACCGGAUCAAUGCCCUUGAUCAAAAGCGAGACUCAUACCCAACAUACGACUCUUUUAUGCGGAACGCCGCGCUCAAAGUGUUGGGACCCUCAGACAACUACGUCCAUCAGGUCGUGGGAUGGCUUCGGCAGCUGCUUCACGUCGAGAUUUGA